ACGGGUGUGUAGCAACAGUUGCCCGGGUGAGGACGAGGCGCCAUAGUCACGGUAGUCGUGGCGACAAGAACCAAGCAACGAGAAUCAACAACAACAAGCAGAAUCAUUAAGAAACAAACUUUAACGCCAAAGACAGGAAUAUUCCAGGGGGAAUUUGAGAGUGGUGGUCUUGGUCCAGCCGUGGCGGUAGUUAUGGCGACCUCAGGCUACACAGAAGAGCUCCAGCCGGCCCCCCAACCCAACUCUGUCACCAUAGCAACGCAAUCAGCCACGCCCUCCCGCUCCACGCCAACCCAGUUCAACCAGUCAGUGUCCAUCGUCUCCACAACCGGGCAGGACAAACUUCCUGCUCAAGCCACUCUCACCAAGGCCCAGAAGACAGUGGUUCUGGCCACGCCUUCUCAGACUCAGUUUGUUACCGCGGAGAUCCAGAGUUCUGCCGUUCAGCAGAGUAACGGACAGAGUUCCACACCGCAGUACAUCGUAGUGACCGUUACAGAGGGCUCUCUCCAUUCUAGUGACAGUGUAUCAGACUGCAGUCCUCCAGUAGUACUGGUUCAGACAGGGGUCCCCACCCAGGUAGUACAGCAGACCACCCAACAGGUGCAGCAACAUGUUUACCCCAGUCAGGUUCAGUAUGUGGAGGGAGAGGACUCUUACACCACCUCUACCAUUCGUUCUGGCAGCUACCCGUACUCCGACUCCCCCCUCUACUCCCAGACCCCUCCCUCUUCCUCCUCUUCCUACUACGAGUCCACGCCCACCUCGGGGUCACAGGUCACUAACUCCGUGACUUCACAGUCAGUCUCCGUCACCGCGGCAACGGGAGGAGGUGGGAGUGGUUACGUCAUCCAGGGCGGGUACGUAUUGGGAGGUGGGGGCAGCGGAGGAGGUAACUACUCCAGUCACAACACCAGAGCAGCCCCCGCCACAGUACAGUGGUUGCUAGAUAACUAUGAGGGUGCAGAAGGGGUCAGUCUGCCUCGCUGUACCCUCUACUGCCACUACCUCUUCCACUGUCAGGAACACAAGCUAGAUCCUGUCAACGCUGCCUCCUUCGGCAAGCUCAUCAGAUCUGUCUUCAUGGGGCUGAGGACCAGACGCCUGGGCACACGAGGGAACUCUAAGUACCACUACUAUGGUCUUCGUAUCAAGGCCACCUCCUCUCUGCUCCGUCUGAUAGACGACCACCAGCACCUGGCCUUGAGACAGCAACCCUUCUCUCAGAAACACAGGAUAAAGCCGGUUCUGAAGGUGGAGGGCAUGUCCAAUGGGAUGUCCCUGGGGGCGGGGCAGCAGCAGGGGGCUGGGCUCAGUGACAUCUCAGCUCAGGUGCAACAAUACCAGCAGUUCCUGGACGCGUCGCGGGCGCUGCCUGAGUUCCCAGAGUUGGAUCUGCAGGACAGACCUCUUCCUGACGGGAUCAUUCCAGAACACAUCACAGCCUUCCAACAGCUCUACAGGGAACACUGUGAGGCCAUUCUGGAUGUGAUGGUGAACCUGCAGUUCACUCUGGUGGAGACACUGUGGAAAACCUUCUGGAGGUUCAGCGAGAGCAUUGACGCCGACACACUCGGCGUUCACGGUGAGUCAGAGGAGCGUCUACCUAAGUGGUACCUGGUGGUGCUGUGUAAGUACCAGCCAGUUGUUCACUGGACCAGAGACUGUGACAACACACUGUACCAGGCCCUGGUGGAGAUCCUCAUCCCUGACGUAUUACGACCCAUCCCCAGUGCCUUAACUCAAGCCAUCCGUAACUUUGCCAAGAGUCUAGAGAUCUGGCUGACAAGCGCCAUGAUGAACAUACCAGAGGAGAUGGUCCGCAUCAAGGUGGUGUGUGCGGGAGCGUUUGCCCAGACGCUGCGUCGCUACACCAGUCUAAACCACCUGGCCCAGGCAGCCAGGGCCGUCCUCCAGAACACAGCCCAGAUCAACCAGAUGCUGAGUGACCUCAACAGAGUUGACUUCACCAACGUGCAGGAGCAGGCGUCGUGGGUGUGUGGUUGUGAGGAUGGUGUGAUCCAGAGGUUGGAGCAGGACUUCAAGCAGACGUUACAACAACAUAAUUCUCUGGAGCAGUGGGCUGCCUGGCUGGACGCCGUGGUCUCCCAGGUCCUAAAGCCUUACCAACACAGCCCUGCAGCCUUCCCUAAGGCUGCCAAGCUCUUCCUGCUGCGAUGGAGCUUCUACAGCUCCAUGGUGAUCCGGGACCUGACUCUGCGUAGUGCUGCCAGCUUUGGCUCCUUCCACCUGAUCAGACUGCUGUAUGAUGAGUACAUGUACUACCUGAUAGAACACAGAGUGGCCCAGGCUAAAGGAGAGACGCCCAUCGCUGUCAUGGGAGAGUUUGCCAGUGUGGGCAGGAGUCUGAACGGUCAGGACCCUGAUAAAGAUGAGGAAGAGGAUGAGGAGGAGAGUGAUGAAGAGGGGGUAGAGAUGACCGUGCCGUCUAUCUCCGCUGGUCUGGGAGAGGGGGAGGAGUCACUGGAGCCGCCCGUCAAGCUAGCCAGGACUGACCCCCGGGGACUGUUCAAUACCACACACACAGAGUGACUCACACACACCCAACACGCACGCGCACUGACAACUUAAACACACGCUCUCCACUUCGCCGUUGGCUAACACACACACACACACACACCCUCAAUAACACACAUACACACACUCAUCCUUUGCCUUAAUGAUAGUUUGCUAUGAGCCCAUUUGUCAUCCCAAUGCCAUUAAGUUCCUUAUCUGUUCCUGCAACCUCACACACCCUGUUUGUCUGCACCUUGAUCUCGUGUGUGUGUGUGUGUGUGUGUGUGUGUGUGUGUGUGUGUGUGUGUGUGUGUGUGUGUGUGUGUGUGUGUGUGUGUGUGUGAGAGAGAGAAAAGCGAAGGAGAGGUUUCAAAGCUUGCCUUUUCAUCUCUUUUAGUUAUCAUGGUUCCUCAUCACCUUCAUUGUGACAUAAGAGACGGUAACCUCUUCACUAGACACACCGGUCCUUCAUUGUGACAUAAGACACGGUAACCUCUUCACUAGACACACCGGUCCUUCAUUGUGACAUAAGAGACGGUAACCUCUUCACUAGACACACCGGUCCUUCAUUGUGACAUAAGAGACGGUAACCUCUUCACUAGACACACCGGUCCUUCAUUGUGACAUAAGAGACGGUAACCUCUUCACUAGACAGUGUCAACAGAAGUCUAGAACGUACCUCUGAUUGAAUCCCGGCCUAUAUGUCACUGUCAACAGAGGUCUAGAACGUACCUCUGAUUGAAUCCCGGCCUAUAUGUCACUGUCAACAGAGGUCUAGAACGUACCUCUGAUUGAAUCCCGACCUAUAUGUCACUGUCAACAGAGGUCUAAAACGUACCUCUGAAUCCCGACCUAUAUGUCACUGUCAACAGAGGUCUAGAACGUACCUCUGAUUGAAUCCCGGCCUAUAUGUCACUGUCAACAGAAGUCUAGAACGUACCUCUGAUUGAAUCCCGGCCUAUAUGUCACUGUCAACAGAAGUCUAGAACGUACCUCUGAUUGAAUCCAGACAUAUAUGUCACUGUCAACAGAAGUCUAGAACGUACCUCUGAUUGAAUCCCGACCUAUAUGUCACUGUCAACAGAAGUCUAGAACGUACCUCUGAUUGAAUCCCGGCCUAUAUGUCACUGUCAACAGAAGUCUAGAACGUACCUCUGAUUGAAUCCCGGCCUAUAUGUCACUGUCAACAGAAGUCUAGAACAUACCUCUGAUUGAAUCCCGGCCUAUAUGUCACUGUCAACAGAGGUCUAGAACGUACCUCUGAUUGAAUCCCGGCCUAUAUGUCAUUGUCAACAGAGGUCUAGAACGUACCUCUGAUUGAAUCCCGGCCUAUAUGUCAUUGUCAACAGAGGUCUAGAACGUACCUCUGAUUGAAUCCCGACUUUUAUGUCACUGUCAACAGAAGUCUAGAACGUACCUCUGAUUGAAUCCCGACCUAUAUGUCACUGUCAACAGAGGUCUAGAACGUACCUCUGAUUGAAUCCCGACCUACAGUACCAAUCAAAAGUUUGGACACACCUACUCAUUCAAGGGUUUUUCUUUAUUUUUACUAUUUUCUACAUUGUAGAAUAAUAGUGAAGACAUCAAAACUACGAAAUAACACAUAUGGAAUCAUGUAGUAACCCAAAAAAGUGUUCAAUCAAAAUAGAUUUUAUAUUUGAGAUUCUUCAAAGUAGCCCCCCUUUGCCUUGAUGACAGCUUUGUUUUCACUAUUAUUCUACAAUGUAGAAAACUUUUGAUUGGUACUGUGUGAGUCAGUCAACCUGCAUGGCUUUAACCUUCUCUGUCCUCACCUUCUCUGUCCUCACCUUACCCACCCACUGUCCUAACAGCCAUAGAAAGCGAGAGAAGGGGAGAGAUUUACUGCGUUUGUCCUAGCCAGGUGUAGAGUUGUUACAGCAGUCUGUCUUCAGUCCUGAUGAUGUUCACUGACCACUUCUUAGUGUGUCCCAAACGGCAUCCUAUCGGUACUUAAACAGGGCACCAUUUAGGACGUAUGAAUAUGUUAAUAGCCCUCCGUGUAACGAGACUGACUGGGUCUUGAUAUCAAGUGAUCAGUCCGACGCUCUAACAGUAGUGUCCUGAUGUAGUUCAGAGGAUGGUGUGUAACGGCCGAUACAGGGCAGCAUUCAGAAAGAUACGUUUUAGUGUAUUUUUAGGCCACUAAGAGAUGACCUGUGCCUUGUAGAGCUAGACAACGCUUGUGUUUGCAUCUCAAAUGGCACCCUGUUCCCUGUAUAGUGCACUGUUUUGGACCGGAGCCCUAUUGACCAUGGUCAAAAGUAGUGCACUAUAUAGGGAGCCAUUUGGAAGACAACCUGUGUUUUUAAUUAGAGCUGAUGAAUAAAUGAAAGUGUUUCUAAACCUGUCUGCUGACUUGUACAAUCUGACAUUUGUUCCUGACUCUUUGGUAAUGUAUUGUUAUUAGAAUGUUAUGAGUUAUAGCAGGCAUAUGUAGUGUCAUAAGAGAGAGGAAUAGAGGGGGCAGCCAUAAUGCAUCCUGCUUAUAUUCCAUUCAUUUGUCCCUCCAUCCUCAUCCGUCAUUCACACACACACACACACACACACAACAGUGAUAUCCCACCAGCAGGAUACAGACCUUCACUAAUCUGUGAUUGGGCAACAAGGACAAGGUCAGAACUCACACCAACCAAUCAGGUUGGCAGAGCAAGAGCACAUGCAAUGUUGUAUCCAUGGAAACCUUAACUGCCAGCUCAUUGAAUCAGCAAAAAGUCACCAUAUUUAGUACAGAUCAGUGAAUGUGUAUUUGUAAUAUAUUAUAUCUGUAGAAAUAGAUGUGACUAUCAUUUAUUGACCCAUUAUGGCCUUAUUUCAACAGUAUGUGUAGCAUAUUUUGAUGUACUAUCCAGAGUAUUUAGCUACUGUAUAAUCACAUAAGAUUUCUAGUAUAUGUUUUGUAGACCUUUGUAUUGAAUCCCUGUGCCUAGAGUUUGUAGUUUUAUUAUCAUUACCCAGUGAGCACAAGACAGAGGUCUUUUCAAACAUCUGGUACUCAGUAGUUGCUCCAUAAAGACGUGAUACCAGCCCAACCUUUAGCCAUUAAAUGGAAAAGAUACAAGUGUU